AUGCCUAGAGCAGCAGCAGCCCAAACCCAAGAGAGAGAACAGCGGCCGUCUACCUCGCCCUCCGGCUCUUUCGUCGACGGAACCGUACCAGCAGCCUCACCGUCGAAGACCUCAUCUCCCUUUGCUGACUCUCCCAACUCACGGAUGGACGUCUCAUAUCCAUCCCCACUGCCCAUCACGCCGCCGGAAUCCGAUGACCAUGUUCAAUGGAAUCCAGCUACCACUGGUGCUGCCGGCAAUGCCUCGUCCGAAGCUACCGUUCCAGAAGAGCAGGAAUCUUCUGACGCUGCAGAGGUGACCAUGAAGGAAGAACAACCCCAAGAUAGCUGCACACCCACGCAGCCUACACAGCAGCAGGAAACGGAGCAGAACAACACGGAAAAUGCAGAUGAUUCCCGCCCGCUGCCAUUACCGAGUAGCAUGUCACCGCAGGACGAGAACAAUAGACUGCUCUUUUUGCAAGAGGGAAUCCUAACUGCCGUAUCAUUCCUUGCGAUAUCCAAGGAUCCUGCAAAGGUUGUCCAACUGGUCUCCCAAACUCUCCCGUGUCCCCCAUCCAAUAACGUCCCCAACUCGGGCUCGCUUUCGCCUGCCUGCGUCUUUAGCCCCAUCGUCCAGACGAUCCAGUCUCGCCUCCAGCCAGACCAAUCGCCCUAUAUCAACAUUACACAUGCAGUACCACCAAAGUUCUCCCUUUCCAGCCUACCAACUUCACCCCCAAGUACGCCUAAUCGUCUCUUCCCCGGUGAUGACUACUUUAACAUGACCGUCUUCUCCAACGCUACGGCGGCACCUCACUACCCUUUCACCAGCGCCUCUUCAUCCCUGUCUAGCGGAGCACAGUCACAAGCGCCGUACGUGCCCACGCCAAUAGUUCCGCCAUACAGCGUCAACAUCGCCGCUGUCGAGCGUUAUCUCCCACCAACCUCAACAAGCGAAUACCAAAACCUCUUCACGACCAGCGGUCCAUCAGUGCUUCUCGACCGUCUUCGAGAACUUUCCCCUCGUGACGGUACAUUACUGCUAGUAUACCCCACCCUCCGUGGCGCACAAUGCUUCAAACAGCACUAUCUCAACCCCAUCCUAGACCCGUUACUACGCCAACUGGUCGUCCUCAACUGCCUGCCCUCCGAUAUUGGUACGGCUCUUAGCUCCACGCCUGCACUCAAACACAUGGAUCCCUUCGAGACGAUGCACUCCAAGGUCUCCCAGUUUUGCUCCUCUCUGACAUCCCGCGACCGAACCACUUUCACCCUCUCCUACGCCGCGCCAGGUUGCAUCCCGCUCUCCCGCGCCCUCUGGACAGAGUGGUACAUCGCUCAGGAGUCUCCUCGUGCCCGCGAGAUACUUGAUGACUACUGGCGCAAUGAUCACCGUACUCGUCACCAUACCGCCAGCAAAGGAAUGGGCAUGGACAGAGAGGUUACCAGCGCCAUGGUCCUUCGAGAUGUAGUAGACGGCAUCCGCAAGCGGGCAGUGACCGAACCCAUGGAUGAUGCUGAACAAGAAGGGGUGGAAGUCGGCAUUUUCGUCAUCCGACGCUCUCUAUCACAGUCAUCAACAUGA